UUUGACGCAUGCGCGAUGAGGUCUUUGUAGCAAAAGAGAGGCGCGCAAGUGUUGCUAUAUCGCACAUGUGUUAAAUGGCUUGUUUAUAGUGGAAAAAAGUUCAUAAUUUGACAUUCAAACAGAUCGGAUAUUGCUUCACCCAAUGGAGGAGGUCGACGUUGAACCGACUGUAACCAAUAUUCCUGCACUCAGACGGGGAACGCAUAUGGGCUUUGCAUGGGGUCCUGGUAAUAUCUUUGUCUACGAGACCGUCUUCAAAGCAGCUGGUGCUCCAGGAUCAGGUUCUCCCUUCAUCCAUGAAGUUAGGAAAGAUGAGGACAUCUAUUCUCCUAUUUUACGCAAACUCUUUAAUGAGUCCCAUCACAUUUUUGUUGGCUUGCAAACAAUCAGGGAGGAUCUCCCCAGCAAGAACAAGAAACCUCAGUUUGUCAGCAUUAGUAAAAACUAUCGAUCAGUUAUUCGAGCCUGCAUGGAGGAGCUUCAGCAGGUUGCAGUUUCCACAAAAGACGCAGAGAUUUCUACACAAUAUGGAAACCAGGUGUCCAUUCUUUUGGCCAUAGAACUGAUCUGGAAUCUGUGUGAAGUCCUUUUCAUCGAUGCUGCCCCUGCGGGCUCGCUCUUGCUUCAUCUCCUGGACUGGGUGAGGCUGCACAAGGCUGACGUGGACGAGAAGGCUCGCGACGUGCUGCAGAGUGACAGCCCUGCUGAGCAUCGAGACUACUGGGAUGUGGUGGUGAGUUAUGUGCUGCAGGGCAGGUUGGACGAAGCCAGACAGAUGCUGGUGAAACAGGCCACCCUGAUGCCUGCCGCAAAGAACAUCUACAAGAUGAUGGAUAACUUACUCAGCAAGAUGCCUUUUUACAAUCCUGGUGGCACCCAGACACUGACAGAGUUUGAUGUGAAGUGGAGGCACUGGCACGAAGACGUAGACCGCUGCUUACAAGACAACUCUUUUGCCAGCAACAAACAUCUGGAGGUCAUCUGCAAGAUCCUCCUGGGUGAUGAAGACACUCUACUGGAGCACAAGGACCUGCUGGGAACCUGGUAUCACUUCCUUGUCACUAGGCUGCUUUUCUGUCACCCCACUGUAAAGCCCACUGAGUUGCACUACUAUGCACAGUCAUGUAUGACCAUGUUUCUGGACUCGAGGAGCGCUCCAGAACCUCUGGACAGCAUCUUACUGGCUGCCUUUGAGUUUGACAUCCAUCAAGUGAUUAAGGAUUGCAGCAUUGCUCUCAACAACUGGUGGUUUGUGGCCCAUCUGACGGAUUUGUUGGAUCACUGCAAACUCCUCCAGUCUCACAAUCUACACUUUGGCUCCAAUUUAAGAGAAUUCCUGCUGUUGGAAUACGCCUCAGGUCUCUUUACUCAUCACAGUCUGUGGCAGUUGGCCGUGGAUUACUUCGAUCACUGCCUGGAGUUUGGUCGUGUCUACCUUGAGCUCCAGAUCGAGCGCGUCCCUCUAGACACGGAGCGCAAAGCACUAAAGGUCCUCCGGAUUUGUGAGCAGAGACAGAUGUCCGAGCAAGUGCGGAGUAUCUGUAAGAUCAUGGCCAUGAGAGCCUUAAGAAACAACAGACUUGGCUCCGCCCUCUCCUGGAGCAUCAGAGCCAAAGAUGCCGCCUUUGCCACCCUCAUCUCUGAAAGGUUUUUACAGGAUUACUGCGCCAAAGGAACCUUUUCUGAUCUGGAUUUGAUCGACAACUUGGGUCCAGCCAUGCUGCUGAGCGACAGACUCACUUUUCUUGGGAAGUACCGUGAGUUUCACAAGCUUUACGGGGAGAAGCGCUUCAAGGAGGCUGCAAAGCUGCUUCUCUCUCUCAUGACGGCUAAGAUUGCUCCCCGGAGCUUCUGGAUGACCCUGCUGACUGAUGCCCUGCCUCUGCUGGAGCAGAAAGAGGUGAUCUUCUCAGCAGACCAAACCUACGAGCUGAUGUUCUGUUUAGAGGAGCUCACGUCCUCACUGAACACUCCAUCUCCUGACUCAGACAAAUCCAUGCAGGAGGAAGAUGUAGAGUUGACCAAAGUGGAGCUCCUGAGACUCGCUCUGUCAAGAAACCUGGCCAUGGCCAUAGUCAAAGAGGGAACAGUGGAAACAUGAAGCACAGCUCCUCUAUUCUUUUUCAUGAUGUACAUAAAAUCAAAUAACUUUUGUGACUUUUGAUAAUAAAAAUAAUUCUCAACCUUAA